AUGUCGGGCACACCUAACGUAGCGUUCCAGAACGAAGCCAAAUACCCACAUCAGACGACCGAGUUCAGAGGACCCGGCGAAUCGGUCGAAAACCCAGCAGGCGCUUUCCCCCGAGACACGCGACAGCCUGACCCGGACCCGAUCGAGGCCCACCGCCCCAAGAGCACGAUCUUCAGAGCGAUCGAAAACCCAUACGCCCUCCAAGAAGCACUCACCAAGCUCGAAGCCGGCCUCGACGAGGUCAUCAGCCUCUUCCAGGCCGAGAAGAACACGCUGGCGAAAGAGGGCGACUUCUCAAAGGGCAAACAGGGAAUCGAGCUCUUCGAAUCGUGGAAACAGAAACUGGAGCGUAUCAAGGCGGGUCAGGAAUAA